AUGGCAAUGAUGAACAAUUCAGAAAAAGAUUCCAAAACGGACCGGGAAAAAGCAGUUCCGCCACCGAUCCCAUACACACGCUUCUCUGUUCACAAACGUCGGUAUAUUGUGGCCCUUCUGGGCUACGUGACGCUUGCCUCCUCACUUACGGCCACCAUCUAUCUUCCUGUCAUUGAACUGCUUUCGGGCGAAUAUAGCGCAUCCAUACAAGAAAUCAACCUCACCAUUACUCUGUACAUUGUCUUUCAGGCAGUAGCGCCAGCCAUAUUCGCUCCGAUGGCCGACUCCUUAGGUCGGAGACCCGUUCUUCUAUUCAGCUUCCUAAUUUACGUCAGCGCAAGCGUCGGCCUGGCUCUAAACCGGAACAGCUACGGCGCCCUUCUUUCUCUGCGCGGCCUGCAAAGUUUAGGGGGCUCGGCUGUUCUUGGUCUCGCAUACGGCGUCGUCGCAGACAUGAUCACGCCAGCGGAGCGCGGAAGCAUGCUUGGCCCACUACUCGCGACCACCAACCUGGGACCCUGUGUCGGGCCCGUCUUGGGGGGUCUCAUUGCGAGGCAGACCGGGAGCUCAGUCUGGUGCUUCUGGACGCUGGCCAUCUUUGGGGUCGUGGCCUUCGUUUUGAUGGGCUUCACGUUGCCCGAAACGGCGAGGACGAUUGUCGGCAACGGCGCCGUACAAGCCAAGGGCAUCUGGAGGACGUGGUGGGAUCUCCCAUUUGGCUGUUUACGAUUUGCGACAUUGAAAGAUGGGCGGCAGCUGAAUCCUCACGCCAGUACAGGCGAGGAGCACGAACAGCACACAGGGGUGAACGAAGGGAAGACGGGCAAGGGGAAACUUGCCGUGCCAAAUCCUUUGGCGGCGCUCCGCAUCGUGUUUUAUAAAGACACCUGCUUGAUCCUCUGGAUGGCCGCCUCGGUCUACACGGUCUGGUACUGUAUCCAAACGUCCAUACCCAUCGUCUUUGGCUCGUUGUACGGCUGGAACCAGCUGUAUGUUGGGUUGAGCUACCUCGCUGGCGGUUCAGGGGUGAUCAUCGGAGGGUUCAUCGGUGGACGAAUGAUGGACGCAAACUACAAGCACGUUGCAGGUCGGGCAGGGCUCCAGACAGACCGAGUCGUCGGAGAUGAUGUGUAUCAGUUUCCGCUGGAGAAGGCGAGAUCAAGAGGGUCCAUCUCGCUGUUCAUCUUCUCUGUCGCAGCACUUGUCGGACUCGGUUGGUCUGUCGAGUAUCGUGUUCAUCCUGCAGUGCCUCUGGUUUUCCAGUUUUUGAUCGGUGCGCAAGGAACCAUCACGCACCAGGCCUUUAACGCGUUACUCGUCGACAUCUUCCCCGACAAGCCCAGCACUGCUGCUGCAGCCGGCAACAUCACUCGGUGUGGCAUGUCGGCUGCGGCCGUUGCCUGUGUCAAUCCGCUAGUCAAAUCGCUGGGUUAUGGAUGGUUCUUCACCAUGAUCGGGAUCAUCAGUGGAUCUACCGGCGUCGCUGCGAUCCUCGUCUUGUGCAGAAGGGGGGAACGCUGGCGAAACCUGAGAAGGCCUUCAUAA